UGUACCUAGGUGGUUCUUUCUAAGCCUUCAUUGCGAGCAUCGUACUGUCUGAAUUUUCCGUCCCGAAUCAUCACAUACUGAUGCAAGAGCCAAUUUUCCUAUCAAUUUCUUAUCAUCCACCAAGGGACGGCAUCACCAGCUGAGUUCAUCUCAAGUUACUCAUAUCCUUUCAUUGGCUGCAGCAAAGGCCAUGCUCAUCAUUUGCGCCGUGCGAUAACCAGAAUCAGACGUGCCGGCAAGAGUGUGACGGUGAGGGCUGUGGUUUUCGGGCUCUGCAAACCUUGAACGUCGCAUCUCGAGUAUUGACGCCUGAUCGAGUAUGGCGCGCGAGUGUGGACUUCGAAUACGUGGGGAGCCAGCCCACAAACUUAUUAGUUCCUCAGGGUCUUCGCGAAAGUAACCCGAUCGGGCGAAUUCCACGAGGUGGACGGUUCAACAUUAUUCCUCCGCCGACUACUACGACAAUUACCACUGGCCAAGUAGUAGCUGUCAGCUACUCCGCCUCCAUUGCAGUUACUGGCGAGGCUGUGCUUUGUUACACCGUGCACAGCCGUUCCUCAUUCUCAGGAGCCUAUACUGUGACGAUGAUUGGAACUCAAUGCGUAGAACCAUACAAACACGGUAGGGGCACUGUGGGGGGUCUGCUAACAACUUCAGCUCAAGAUUGUGUAUAUAUAUGUCUAUCGUUCACUUUCUCUUUCAUCAGAAAUCCCUCCAUAAUCAACACAUCUACCCACAGCGCCUAAGCAGCACUUAUUUGCACAGAUAUCAACCACUAUCAGAGGAACCCAGACCAGACUAGAAAGAAUACAACACUACAUCCUAUCAGCUCACACACCUGCAACCAAAUCACAUUACUUCACAUCACAUCAGUUUACCUCUAACCCAACACCCUCGAGUAUCUCUCUCUCAACCAUGGGUCGCAGACAACGAAACAACUACGCUUAUGCCAGUGGUCCAGUUCUGUACCAACCAGCUGCGCUUGACCAAGCAGGAGUAGGACUGGAUGGAGCUCAGUAUCGCUCAAAGGAUAUACUCGUCAACAGCAAUGGGGUGCAGCCAGUGGGCAACAACGCAUCAUACAGUCCUGUCUAUUACUACGGCUGUCCCUGCGGCCGUCGCCGGUGUCGAAGAUCUUGCGGUAUGGUGGUUGCAGCAGGACCCGCAGCACCACUACCACCAGCAGCCGGACCUCUGGCGGUGAUGGCAGAACGAAGGGGAGGACGACGAUGCGCUUGUGGUCGUGGCCGUGGCCGUGGCCGGGGUAAAGGGUAUGGCCCAAUCUCACUCCUCGUUGAUGGUGUCGUCGGAUUGGCCAAGUUGUGCGCCGAUAAGAGCAGUCAGAAAGACAAGAAAAAUGAGAAAGACGUGGUCGAGCCAGUUAGAGACCGGGAAAAUGUUGAAGAGCGUGAAGAAAAGGGCGAAUGCCAGCACGACCACGAUGAUUACGAUGACGAAUAUGAGGAUGACCAUGAACGCGAACACCUCCGACAGUAUCAGUACCACCCAUCGGAAACGCACACCCACGUCUGCGACGAGGAUGGAUAUGCUGAUGCUGAGCUGCCUUCGUAUCAGGCUGCGGUGGGGAAGUCGCAGAAGAAUCCGAGCUAUUGAUUGGCAUGAUAUCUGGGGAGAGAGUUGACGGAGGAAGGAAUCUGCAUGGGGGGUAGCUUUUCAAUGUGAGUGUAAUAAAAAGGGAGCAGGAGCACCGAGGCGCAAGUGGAUUCAUUUGUUGUAAAAGGGAGAACGGGCGUUUCUAUGGAUGACAGACCGUGGGAAUCGGGUUCAAUGUACUGGCUAGCGGCGUGCUUGAUCGAAAUCGUGUACCUACUAAGCUGUGAUGACUUUUCUUUUCUUUUGAUCGUCUCCUUUCUAUUGCCUUUUAAAUGUAAUGGAUAGCCCCAAUCGUGUGGUCCUUUUGAAGCGUGGUCUGGGUGUUCAACAAUUGUACAACUCUUCUUUCCGA